AUGGAGCUGGAGUCGAACCCAGACAGGGCUCAAGAUGCGGGAGCAGAACCCGUGCGUGUGCUUGAGCUCUUUGCUGGAAUUGGUGGCAUGCGCCUUGCCCUCUCGUACGCUGGCUUCGUGAUUGACUCUGUGGCCGUCGAAGUCAACCAACAGGCCUUGGCGGUCUACGGGCUCAAUUUCGGUCCAGACCACGUCGUCAAUCGUGAUAUUUGCAGUCUUACAUCAAGGUGGUUUGACCAACAGCAGUGUCGGAUUUGGACAAUGUCUCCGCCGUGCCAGCCUUAUACCAGGCAAGGCAAGAUCCGAGAUGCGGAGGACCCUCGAGCGAAACCGCUCUUGCACAUCAUUUCCGUGUUGCGGGAGGUGACCACUCCGCCCGAGGCCAUUGUUCUAGAGAAUGUGCGCAACUUUGAGCAGUCCGACUCCUACUUGCAGCUCUGUGAUGCUCUUCGGGCGCGUGGCUUUGAGUGGCGCAGCUUUUUGCUGAGUCCGCAACAAUUCGGGUUUCCCAAUGCACGCCUACGAUUCUACAUGGUUGCCAAACGCAGGCCCCUUCUCUUCAGACGUGUUCCAGACAUGGCGACGGCGUCAGACUCGGGCGAGGGAUCCACAGCACACGAAGAGCCGUGGAGGCACCUACCAUGCAGUGGAGCCGCGGAAACCCUGGGCUCCGGUCACGAGGGCCUUGUACCAUCGGACACCCUUCGAAACACUUGCUCUGCUUGCGGGCAGCCUGCACCUGCUGUGCCAACUGCCCAGUGCUGCUAUGAAUUGCAGCCGGUGUCUGCUUUCCUGGAUGCAGACGAUACCACAUGGUUAGUGCCAGAGGGAACUAUGCGGAAGGAGUCUGCCCGCUGCUUUGAUGUGGUCCACCCUGGCUGUCGUCAUUCGUUGUGCUUUACGAAAGCCUAUGGAAGAUAUGUGGACGGCACAGGGAGUGUGUUGUCUGCUGCCACCAGACUGGCAGAAUCCCAGGCGGAGCCUGGCUCCUACACCAUGCAGCAGUUCUACGGCCUGUUGCGCUAUUUUGCGCCAGCAGAAGUCGCGCGACUGUUGGGCUUCAAGCUUGUCGUGGCUUUGGUUUGCGAAGCCUGCGACCUUGCAGAUCUGCUUCAAAAGCAGCAAAGUAGCGAGACGGAAACAGGCUCUGUGGAUUGCGUUGACAAGUCCAAGUUCCGGACCUUCGAGCAAGGAUCCUUCGGACGGCGCUACCGAAAGUACAUCAGCAAGGUGGAGGGCGACGCAGGUCUUGUGGUUCACAAGCUGGACCCGUCUUCCAUCAAGUCGAGCGGCAACAGAGUUCAGGCCAGCCUACUGUUCGCCAACGACGCCAGUGUGAAGCCCCUUCUCUUGGAGCUGAGCUUCUUCCUGAAUGACGUGGACGGCAGCUGCGGAAUCGUCCGAACUUUCGUCACGGAGAAGGAUCCUCUCCACCCGCGCUUUCGGCUCACGCCCGGGGACGUGGUUCGAAAAGACGAGGAACUGCAGCCCGAUAAGGUCACUGUGACCGAAGGUGCCGGGUUCACGGAGAUUGCUAGCACCAGUGGUGCGUGCAAGGUGAAAUUGCAGCACUCUCCGUUUCAGCUUGAGUUUGUCGCACAUGGUCGGGUGCUCCAGAAGCUCAAUUCCCGGCGGUUCUUAAACUUCGAAAGAUACAGAGCCAAGGGAGCGCAGGCGCAUGCCGGACUCGUGGAUGCGACGGACCUUGAUCCGAACAACUUGUUCGAGGAAAGCUUUGGCGGCCACACAGACAGCAAACCCCGGGGACCAGCCGCAGUGGGUGUGGAUGUGGCCUUCGAGGACGCCGUCGACAUCUUCGGGCUUGCGGAACACGCAGUUGGCCUGGGCCUGGGUGAGAACCGCUUACUAGAGCCGUACCGGUUCUUCAACCUGGAUGUCUUCGAGUACGCGCUGGACGUGCCCAUGGCCCUGUAUGGCGCCAUUCCCCUGGUGACGGCAAUUCAUCGCGAGAAGUCGGGUGAAACCGUUGCAUCCGGCUUCUUUUUCCCCAAUCCGUCGGAAGGCUUCGUGCAUGUGGAUGCAUCGAAAGGAUCUUCCCAAACAGAGACCUGGUGGCUGUUCGAGUCUGGCGUGAUGGACAUGUUCUUCUUUGCCGGUCCCGGGCCCCAGGAGGUGCUGCAAAGGUACCACACCGUGACAGGGUUUCCCCGAAUGCCUCCAAUCUCCACCCUCGGAAAGCACCAGUCUCGCUGGAAUUAUGUGGAUGUGGAAGACUCCAUUGGAGUGAACAGGAAAUUCGACCAGCACGACAUCCCCUACGAUGUUCUCUGGUUGGACAUCGAGCAUACAGACAGCAAGAAGUACUUCACCUGGCAUCCUUCGCACUUUGCACAACCGGACAAGCUCUUGGCAGCCCUUGAGGCAUCCAAGAGGAAGCUGGUCACCAUCAUCGACCCACACAUCAAAAAAGACAGCGGGUACGACGUCUACAACAAGAUGAAGAACCACGAUUUCUUCACCAAGACGAAAGACAAACAGCUUUACGACGGUUGGUGUUGGCCAGGAACUUCUUCCUAUCCGGACUUCUGCAAUCCGGAGGCGCGUCGGCUCUGGACGACGUUCUUCAAGAUGGACUACUACCCGCACAACAGGCCUGACCUGUACACCUGGAACGAUAUGAACGAGCCGAGCGUCUUUAAUGGCCCAGAGGUUACAAUGCCACGCGACAACUUGCACAAGUGCAGCGAGAAGGAUUACGAGGUGGAACACCGCGAUGUUCACAAUGUGUAUGGUUUCUAUCAUCACAUGGCAACAGUCGAGGGACAGCUGGUGCGUGCACCAAACGUGCGGCCGUUUGUUCUGACACGCUCGUUUUUCGCGGGGUCCCACAAGCACGGGGCCAUAUGGACCGGCGACAACAUGGCCAAGUGGGAGCACUUGGCUAUCUCUGUUCCGAUGCUCGUGUCUCUUUGCCUUUGUGGGGCCUCUUUCGUGGGAGCUGAUGUCCCCGGCUUCUUCUUCGAUCCCGAGCCCGAGCUCUUCCGGAGGUGGCACCAGCUGGGGAUCUGGUAUCCCUUCUAUCGAGGGCAUGCCCACCUCGAGACCAAGCGCCGCGAGCCGUGGAUGCUCGGCAAAGAGAUCACAGAAAACGUGCGCGAGCAGGUCACUGUGCGAUAUCAGAUGCUGCCGACAUGGUACACUCUCUUCGCUCAAUGGGCCUUGGCGGGGCAGCCAAUCCUUCGGCCGCUUUGGUUUCAGGAUGCUGCAGAUUCGGAGGCUUUCCGCCACCAGAACACACACUUCCUGCUGGGGAGCGAUGUGCUCGUGCGGGCAAUUACCAAGCGGGGUGAAGACGUUCUCAACGUCUACCUGCCGUCAGGAAGCUGGUUUGAUUUCUGGAGCAUGGAGGCUGGUCCCCUUGUGGGAGGCAAGUCGCACUCGGUCAAGGCUGACCCUUCGCACGUGCCUGUAUACAUCAGGGCUGGUGCGAUUCUACCAAAGAAGAUGAGGCGCCGUCGCAGUUCCCUGGCGAUGGCUUCUGACCCGUACACAAUUGUGGUGUAUGGAGAAAAGGCAGGAGGCCAUGUGUACAUGGAUGAUGGCCAAAGCCACGACUUCAUGCGGGGCCACUUCGUUUAUGAUAAGCUCCGCUUCGACGGUCAAGAGCUGGUCUCAGAGCCGGCCCAGACACUGCAUGUGGCGGGUGCAGCCAAAGGCGCAGCAGGCAGCUUCAAACAGAGCACAGCGGUGGAGCGGUUGGUCUUCGUUGGGCUCUCAUCCAGCCCGGUGAGUGCAGACAUGGGAAAGGAAACCUUCCAGGUGACUUCCACCCGCAUGCAGAACGGAGCAUGGGUUGCAACAGUGAAGAAGCCACUCUGCCAGCUGGGCGCCCCGUGGAAGCUGCGGCUUAGAUUCUAG